UAUCACAAUUGACAAAGUCAAUUCUCUAUAAUCUAUAUCCCUGCUCCAAUGUUAUGUACCAUUCUCUUCUCUUCAUAAUUCAUUUCCAUCUCUUCUCCUAGUUUAUUCAUCCCCUCCAACAAGAAAUCAAAUAAUCCAUUGAAGAAAGCUCUAGCUAGCACCAUGGAUAGGGAACAAGAAGAGAUGCAAUUUCUCGGUCUCUUUGAUAUCUACAAAGAAGCUUACAAGAUCAUGCACUCAUGGGGGAAACUCUUGGGCCAAAUCAGCUUGGUCUUAAUCCUUCCUCUGUCCGUAAUCUUCUUGGUUCAUAUGCAAGUAUCUGAGGUUUUAUUCUCAAAGAUCGUCCACAACGAAAUUGUGUUGGAUUAUACCCGAGCUGGGUCUCCUACAUACAACAAAGUCUCCGAUGUUCUCUCUUCAGAAUGGACCAUUUUUUGGCUUUUCAAUGCUGCAUACUUCACUAUCCUCCUCAUCCUUUCACUCCUCUCUACCUCAGCUGUGGUUUACACCAUUGCAUGUAUUUACACAGGCCGUGAAGUCGAUUUCAAAAAGGUUAUGAGUGUUGUCCCCAAGGUUUGGAAGAGGCUUAUGGCCACGUUUUUGUGUUCUUACCUAUUCUUCUUCGUUUACCAGAUUCUGGCUUUUGUGAUCCUCGUUAUUUGCAUACUUGGAUUUGGGUCAACCAAGGCUUUUAUUCCCAUAUCAAUUGUUUUUUGGAUCUUGUACUUUGUGGGUUUUGUGUACAUGACCAUAGUUUGGCAAUUGGCUAGCGUUGUGACCGUGUUAGAAGACACUUAUGGAUUUGGGGCCAUGAUUAAGAGCAAGGCACUUAUACGGGGAAAGAUGGUUGUGGCUGUUUUGGUAUUUUUGAAGCUCAUUUUUUCAUUCGCAAUCAUAAAAAUUUUAUUUGAGAAUCUAGUUGUGCAUGGUGUAUCAUUGGGCAUAGUGAGUAGGGUAGGCUUUGGGGUUCUAUGUUCGUUAUUGCUUUUCAAUUUUUUUCUCUUUGGGCUUGUGGUUCAGACAGUGCUCUAUUUCGUUUGCAAGUCCUACCACCAUGAAAAUAUAGACAAGUCAGCCCUCUCGGAUCAUCUUGAAGUUUAUCUAGGGGAGUAUGUUCCUUUGAAGGCCAAGGAUGUUCAGCUUGAGCAAUAUCAUGUUUGAUUGGGUCUAAAAUGUUUUUGUACUCUAUUUUAUGUAAUAGCCUCGGGCAUUAUUAUCAUAUUUGAUAUUAAUACCGUGACAAACUGCAUAUCAGUUAUAUAUAUAUGUACUUUAAUUUUCAUUAA